AUGGGGCUGCUGGCUCAAGCAAACGAAGACGUCCUCCUCUCNCGGCGAGUCAUGAACGGCAAGACAUUGCUCCGGCCAGGAUUGGAGGGGGGCGGCGAGAAGGGGGGCGGAGGCGAGCAGCUCGCGAGGAGUGAGGGCGUGGUAGAGAGCACGGGAAAGCUGCCGGAGGUGGACACCGGCGAGGAGGGACGCAUGGGGAAUGGUUGGUCGAUCGGUCCGUCUGAACGGGGCGUUCCGCUCGGACUUGUGGCGCGUCUUGCGACGCGCGACGACCUUGACUCAGCUGUGCGCGAGAUGGAGCCGCCUCUUUUGCGACCCGACACGCCGCGCUGCCACGCCAAGGACCUCCGAGUACCCCAGACUUCCAAAGAGGCAAAGCAGAGCGAGCACAGCGAGCAAUUCAUGGACGCGGCCAAGCGUGAGCGAAUAGACAAUUGCAUCAAGUCGAAGUUGAUUUUUGAUUGGAAGGUAGAUGCGUUCGGCUUCCCUACAAAGGCCAAGGCUAGACUUGUUGCGAGAGGAGACAUGCAGAAGGAGUACAUUGACUUUGGUGAUUUGUAUGCACCUAAUGUAGCUUCAUCUAGUGUUCGUAUGUUGGCAGCUUUGGCGUGUGAGCUUGACUUGGAGUUGUGUCACUUCGAUAUCGACCAGGCUUUUGUGAGGGCCCCUUUCAAGGAAGAUACUUUCAUGCGACUACCGGAAGGAUGUGGUGCAUUGUCGGGGAAGAUAGUGCAGUUGAACAAGAGCCUUUAUGGCUUGAGGCAGGCAUCAAGAGAGUGGUACGCGCUACUGAAGAAGUGCCUUUUGGCUUUGGGGUUCGAGCAGUGCAUGGCUGAUUCGUGUGUUUUUCGUUCAGUCGAAGGGGGGGAAGUAGUGUUGCUUCUCGUAGUACACGUAGACGAUAUUGUUGCAGUGGGGACGAAGGAGAGGUGUGAUCAAUUCGGCAAGGACCUGGGAGAGUACGUGCCAGUAAAGUCUCUAGGGGAGUUGAAGUGGUACUCUGGUUGCUAG